AUGGAAGGAGAAUUAACUUGUGGAAUCUGUUUAGAGUUUUUUGACAAUCCCCUUAUGCUACCAUGCAGCCAUAAUUUCUGUAAGAAAUGUUUAGAGGGAAUUAUUAAUGCCAAACAAAAUUUCCGUAUGAGGCGUCCACCUGGUGUCAAUAUCGACUGUCCUCUCUGUCAGAGACAUUGGUCCUUGGACAAUGGUCUGGAUGGAUUACCUGGAAAUCUUACACUUGAAAACAUCAUCUCUCAUUACAAGUCAAAAGGAGCUAUGCCUUAUAGUGAAGCAUCAUGGAAUUGUGAUUUAGAUAUAACCGAAGUUAUAUGCAAAAUGCAUAAUCAACCAAUGACCUUUUAUUGCAUGACCUGUGAUUUUGCUGUGUGUAAAGACUGUGCCUGUUGUAUUGAGAAGGGGUCAAAAAUGGCUCAUCGUUGUGCUCAGAUAAAGGAGCAUGCAUCAUACCUCCAGGCCACUAUAUCCAGUAAACUGACAGAAGUAAAGAAGAAAGUGAUUCCUCUCAAUGAUCGCAUACAGCUGCUGGAAGACAUCAUUCGAGGCAUAGAUGAGAAUCAGAAGAAGGUGGAAAAACAACUGGAGUUGGAGAUUGCCUCCCUUGUCUCUCUCCUUAACAGUCGCCAGGAGGAACUGACCCGUCUUCUUGGUAAUGAUAUCCAGGACAUUCGUAGGCCAGUUGAGGACCACUUAAGGCGGUACAAGAACCUCCAGACAACAAUACAGGAACAUUUCAAAAAACUCAGUAUGGUCAAGGGUACCAAGGACAUCAGUCUUAGGAUCAAGCUGAUGCAGGAUUCUGAAAAACAGUUAAACAGUCUGCUGUGUUUUGACCUGGCCUGGUUUUCAUCCAAUGACAUGCCGGCAGUAGAUAUGCCUGCUUGGUUACUACAGAAACACAAUGUAGAGAACAGUAUUUCAGAGCUAUCAUGGCAAAAAACAGGAGGGGACGGUGCCAGGCCAUUGAUGCCCCUCGUGCCUUUGCAAAUGCCAGUGCUGAGUCAGUCAGAGCCAGUAUCAGUGGGAUUCAGUAGUCGAGGCAGCAGUGCCGAGCGAGACUCACCAGGAUUGACAAAAACACCAAUAGUUUCCAGUUUUGAUUCAGGAUUUGAUUCAGGAACUAAAAUUGCCACAGGGUCAUGGGAAGCUGGCAGGAAAUUGUCACAAGAAAUGGCCAAAACACCUGUUGUCCCUGGAUUGGACUCAUUUUUUCAGCAGUCAAGUGCAGCUUCCUCCAGCCUGUUUUCUUUGCCUCAGGGUAGCACUAGUACAAAAACAGAUACUUCCAGUACCAGUGGUUCUAUCAAUGUUCCAAAAUCUAGACGCUCUGACAACAGUGUUGAUGUUUCUUUCCCAUCUGGGGGAGGAACAAAGCUAUUUAGUCUGUCUCUUUCAGGGAACGGAGGUCCCCCCAAUGUAGUGAGAGCUCCAACAAGUGUAACCAUGACAACACAGAGGCCCGUUUCCACUAUACAAACAGCUAUGCCUCUUAAACCAACAAGUACAAGCUCUACUUUUAAAUUUGAGAGCUCUACAGAUCCAAGUGGUGCUCAGUCAGUCAUGUCUGGAGCUAGACCAGGGGAGACAACAAGGAAGUAUCCAGUAUUAACUACAUCUGAUUUUUUACCGAGGAAGUCAGUCUCAGGCCUCAGUAAAUCGGGUAAUGUGAUGUCUGCCAUGCAGGAACAGCCUAUGGAGGUAGUGUCAGAGUCCUGUUCCAUGGCCAGUAGUAUAUCUGUGUCAGUGAACAGUGCUGCUCCCCAGAGCAGUGUAGCUACUGUUACCUCGGGACUUGACAAGCUCUCUCUCUCAGAUACACAAACUUUUCCUAUGUCAUCUUCUGUUAUUUCUCCCUCCAUCAAUCAAAAUACACCCUUCGAGGUUAAAAUUCCAGUUUUUUCUGGAAAUUCAAAUAAUUUGAAUUCCAGUUCAGGAAGUGCUUCAAGUGGAGCUAUUUCAUUUCGAGUUUCUCUUGGUCAAAGUUUACCUCCCUACUCUCCUUCAGCACUCAGCACAGCUGAAAAGCCAGCCAGCAUGCCUCAUUCUUCUAACAUCAAUUUCAGCAAGCAGUCAAAUAUUUCAAUUAAGGGAGAUAAUCCAUCCAAACAAACAGCAGGUGGAGCAUCUGGUUCAAAGACUGAAUCUCCAAGUGUAACAACUUUGACAUUUGGUGUGAAACCCAAAACUUCAAGUGGUUUCAUUUUUCCAAACAACCAAAACAUUUUCAAGCCAGUGGUAAGUGCUGCCAUCACAGCCACUUCAAGCACUUCUGAAUCUGUUGUUUCUCAAUCAGCCACUAACUCAUCCACACCAGUAUCAGAUUCUACAGAGACAUCACAGCAGAUAACCCGACGAUCUAGUGCUCCAGUCCUGUCAACAGCCAGUGAUGGUAACGAGGAAGAAUCAAGGUCAGCAACUGACGGGGGAGUGACAAACUUUGGUGAUGGCCUUCCUAAACUUUCAUCCCGUGAUUUUUCACCUUCAAGGACAGGAUCUCCUCCCAGAACUGUUAUAUACCGACGUACUCUUAAACCCAAGAAGAAUUUGCCUCGAAAAUGACUUUUUGUUGAAAACGUUAUUUAUGUGUUACUGAAAGUUUACUUGUAUAUU